UCAGUUGGGGGCUGCAUCAGUUAUAGUGGGGUGGUUGAAGUGUUGCUCCACAGGAAGUAGCUGAGCAAAGCUGAGAGAACUUGUACAACCAUGGACGCUUGUUACUGUCUGCUUCUAGUCUUUCUACUAGCUGGAGUUUGUUCAUCUGAGAAAAAUCCUAUCUUUGCGACCAAGCCAGCUCCGGGCAAACCACAAAAUGUCAGUAAGAAUGAUACAGAAGUUAAAAAGGCUGUCCUAAUCGCAACCUACUUCUUCAACAACAAGUCCAAUGAUGCCUUCUUUUUUAAGGCUUCAGCCAUCGAUGAGGCGCAAAGACAAAUUGUUAAAGGUAUAAAGUACAUUCUGAAAGUUGAGAUAUCUCGGACUGUCUGCAAGAAGAGAGAAGCUGACACUGAUCUUGCUAAGUGCAACUUCCAGCCAAAACGUCAGUUGCAACAGACUUUUCUCUGUAAUUUUGAGGUAUGGGCUAUACCAUGGCAGAAGACAAUGAAGACCGUACAUUUUGUCUGCCUUCCUUUAAAGAAAUCACUACAAACUAACACGAAGGGCAGCAGUUACCCAUUGGUUAAGGCAUUGAAAUCCUGCUUGGAAGGCCCAACGUUCAAACCCCAGCACCACCAAGUUGCCACUGUUGGACCCUUGAGCAAGACUGUUAACCCUCAACUGCUAAGAUGUAUAAUGAGAUAACCUGUAAGUCGCUCUGGAUAAGGGUGUGUGCUUAAUGCUGUAAAUAUAACUAUGCAUCUAAAACAAAACAUCUAGCUAAAAUUAAAAUAGUCAACUUGUCUA